AUGAGUGCACGAAGAAAUGGUGGCAUUUCUAAGCAUCAGAGAGCUGAGAAAUUUAGUGGUGAAGGGCCAAACUGGAUCCUAAUUGCAGGUGGUGCAUUGUUGAGCACAUUGUCCAUUCGCUUUGGGUACAAGCUGAAGCAGUCGCUUGAUUCGAAAUCUCAAUCGAAUGGCUCUACUGGAUUAAAAGCUAAUGGAACAUCUGAGAGGCAGAAACCAAUAGGUUGUUGCUUGCACUCCAACGCAUCUUCCUGUGUGCAUAAUAAUGAUUACUGUUGCUUCCGCUCCGUUCCAGGAACUGAGAAUGUGGAGGGAAAAGAGGUGACAAACGAGGAAAUGGUAUCCGCAUCUGAAACUUCACUGCCUCUUGUGACAGUACCUGCUCCAUCAUAUAGCAAAGAGAAUGGAGUCAUGUGGACAUCUUCUCCUGAUCGCCUGGAACUGCCCCCGAGACCGUACAAUCACCAUUCGACCUGCUCGGAUUCUCCUUGCGUGUCUGAAACCAGCUCAGACAUCUUCAGCAAACGAGAAGUAAUACAGAAACUGAGGCAGCAGCUGAAGAGACGCGACGACAUGAUACUUGAAAUGCAGGAACAGAUAACAGAGCAGCAGAACUCGUUUAACGCGCAGACGGCACACUCUAGCCAUCUCCAGGCGCAGCUAGACGCGAUGAACAGAGAUCUGUUUGAAUCAGAAAGAGAAGUUCAGAGACUGAGAAAAGCGAUCGCGGAUCACAGCGUGGGAUGCAACGGUAGCAACGGCAAGACAUCUCCUGUUGCACCUUGGAGUGGCCAUGUGAACGGGUUUAUGGACAGCGAGAACAACUAUGAGUCGCCGGAAAAGGGAUCAAAGGAUGGAGAAAGAAUAGAGAUGCUAAGAAAGGAAGUGGAUGAGCUUAAAGAGGUGAUAGAUGGGAAAGAGUAUCUACUUAGAAGCUACAAGGAGCAGAAGAUUGAGCUUUCACAGAAGGUCAAAGAGUUGCAGCAGAGAUUGGAUUCACAGCUUCCAAAGUUAUUGUAG